CUGAGUCAGCAAGCAAACAAGAUGAACACCAGAUUCCACUCAUUUGAUCUAGUCGUGACGCCUGCUCAAGUUGUAGAUGCAGCCAAAGCAGUGUUCCAUACCAUACUGCUCCACAGAUCAACUGGAAAAUACACUUAUAAUCCACAGAACCCUGGCACAUUCUCUGUUGGUUCUGUCGGUGUAGAAGACACUGACUGUACUUCAAUGGAGUUCACAUACGUGAGACUCUCAGGGGACGACAUGGACCACUGGAUAGCAGGAGAGGUCCAUGGGUUCGCCUCAUCGCUCUGUCAACAAGGGGCGGGGUCAAGAAUGGGGAAGAUAUCGUUAGAGUUUUACGAGCGUAAGAAACCUCGCUGGUUGUUACCGGCCGAAACGAGUAACUGGGAGACAUGGCAGCUCACUUUGCAUGUGGUUGAGCCUAGCACUGAUGCAGAACUCAUACAGCAUCAAAAAAGACUAACUGAAGAAUUAGCAGAUAUAGUGCUUCACAUUGGACGCAUUACGAGUAGACCAGACUACGUUCCUCGUAACCCAACCAGUGACAAUCAUGCUAACGUAUUUGAGACAAGAUUCCUCUCGUUACAACCUUACCUACACAGAAUAUAUUACGAACUACCAGCAGAGACGAUGGCUGGAACUGUCAGGAAAUUGAUUAGAAACACAUUCGCUUAUUAAAUAAAAAAUCACAUAAUUCUCAAAUAAAAUAUUUAUGAUUUCUGCAGGAGAUGAGAAGAGUUUGUUUGCACUUUAAAGUUUUGCAAGGUGCAAGUUGUCAAGUUGUAUUUUAAAAUAAUUAUAAUUUCUUAAGUGCCACAAGUUUGAAAUUUUAAAUUCAGAUUCUAAUC